AUGUCAACUGACAACACGAAUAACAUGCAAACUCCUCUCAACGGAGGAGGCAACGACAAUCAAAACACUCUGGAAGCGGCCGUCUCCACGGCCAACGCAACUGCUAACGCCGCGACGCUCGAGGAGUUCAAAAAGAUGUUCUCCGCCUACGAAAAGAGGUCGGAAGAACAGGACAAACUCGUGGAUACCUUGACGAAAAAGGUCCAAACCUUAACGGCAAGGACCCGUGCUGUCCUCCCCCGUGGAUCUACGAAAAUCCGCAUAAGAAAACUCGACUUCACAACCCCACUCGAAAGGCCUGGAACAUCGCGGGAACGUCCUCUACCCCCUGCAAAGGACACAGAGGUCGAUGAAGUCGAGCAUGUCGACUUGGAUCCCAGCAUCGUCUCCAACGAUACCGAGGACGACGCUGACAGACAUCCAAGAAGAACCAGAAGCCGAUUGGCUCGGGAGGGCUCCCCGUUCGAAAAACCAAUGACGGAAGAAGAGGAAAACCUCUACUGGAUCGAACAGGAGGAGCUGGCCAAGAAACAGGCCGAGAUUACUCGCAGCAAACGCCGACAAGCUCGGAAAUUUGCUGGCGAGAAAUCGGACAUACGCGACCUUCGCGACUGCAUAACCAAAACUGCAGCGGAAGUAAGGGCCGUGAAAUCCCAGAUCCAUCAUGCUACCAGCGCUGCCCCAGAGAUCGAUAGACUGCUCGAGGGGGCUCGGAAGAAACCCUUCACCGCUCGCAUCUCUGAUACAAGGGUAUCUGACCCAGGAAAAAUCAAAGUACCAAAGUACGAUGGUAGGACUGAUCCUAAAGCGCACCUUCAGGCUUUCCACAUCACGAUGGGAAGGGCCAGACUGAAGGAUAGCGAAAAGGACGCCGGCUACUGCCGUCUGUUCGUCGAAAAUCUGGAAGGAGUGGCGCUCAAAUGGUUCGCACGCCUUAAGCGAACCUCCAUCGGAAGUUUCCGACAGUUCGCGUCGGAAUUUCUCAAACAAUACUCUAUGUUCAUAGAUAGAGAAACACCCGAUGUCGACCUCUGGAGUCUUUCCCAGAGGGAAGACGAACUCCUCCGUGAGUUCAUAAGCCGGUUCAAGCUGGUUAUGUCAAGGGUUAGCGGGAUAAGCGACAAGGUGGCCAUAGACGCACUCAGAAAAACGCUAUGGUACAAGUCGAAAUUCAGAAAAUGGAUAACCCUCGACAAACCACGGACCAUCCAAGACGCCCUCCACAAGACAAAGCACUACAUCAUAAUCGAAGAGGAAACAAAAAUUUUGUCACAGAAGCAUAAACUGACAAAGCCGUCCUCGACAGAUGUAGAUCAAAGGACGAAAAAGAAAAGCUCUCGAUACGAUGAAAACACCUUCUGCAAGUUCCACCAGACCCGAGGGCACUCCAAGACUAACUGCAAAGUCCUGGGAGCGAGAUUGGCUGCGAAGCUACUAGCUGGAGAGCUCUCCGAAGUAGCCAGCAUAAAAGAUCUCAUCCUCGAGACCGAUCGCCCUCCAAAGACGGACAGGAAUCCGCCCGCGGAGAAUUCCCCUCAAAGAAACCAAUCAGGGGAUAAACGCGGAAGAAGACCGGACGACAAAGGAAACGAUAACAAUCGUCGUAGAGUCAACAUGAUCAUCGGAGGAUCAAAGUAUUGCAACAACACGGUCUCGGCCAUCAAGGCUUACCAGCGAAAGGCUGAAUCAAGUGCAAACUGGCCUACGUGGUCUCCUCCCCGAGACGGUCAAAACAACUCGAUAACUUUCACGAGAGACGAAGCCGGCAGAAUCGAUGAACCUCACUGCGAUCCACUCAUCAUAGAUCUUAUCAUACGAGAUCUGGAAGUUGCGAGAGUCCUCAUCGACACGGAAAGCACGGUUAAUGUUAUCUUCUGUGACACUCUCAAACGGAUGAACAUCGAACUCGGGGAAGUUACCCCAACGCCAAAAUCGCUGACGGGUUUUUCAGCCGUUCCGUCUACAUAUCACCUCGGCGUCAAAUUCCCGACCCCAGAGCGGGAUCGCAGCCAUCUGGGGUUGUCAGAAACAGUCGCGGCUUUGCUUUCUCGCUGA